AUGCCCACAAUGCUGGCUCUCCGGCUUGCCCUGGAAUGGAUUCUUCUCACCAAGAGUGGGUGGGCCCAGAUCCUUCCAUGCGCCUGCCAUGAUGGUGACCCGGAGCUUUGCGAACAGCUUUGCUUGGACUUAUAUGAUGGAACGAUGAUGGAGGUUUUGAACGGCCUUGUAAAUUCGAUCGGCUCCAAGAUGAUUGAUUGCAGGUCACCUUUAGGCGACUGCUGCAUACCGGAUGUCCCAUGUAUGCCGACGACAUCGACAGGUGCUGCGACAACUGCAGCGACAGCAAGUUCAGAGCAAGAGUAUUGCGAUCAUCUCUACUCGAAUGCAGCUUGUGCGGCGGCUUGUGGCGUGGAAGUUAACUCGACGGAGUACACUUACAUGACAAUAGACAACUCGAAGUUCAUCAGACCUCGUCCGAAUGAGAAGAGGUGCUUUCUAGUUGUUGAUGAAGAUCCACUCAAUGCAAGCACGCAGUCCUGCUGCAACUCAUCAGAUCCUCCAGAUGAUGUCUCAUCCAGUCUUGUUUUGACACUUCGAGCGGCAACGUCUCUGACGGCACUCACAUUGUUAAUUGGUUGA